AGUUCCAUACGAAUCGUUGAACGAACAAGGAAAAAAAACGUUUUCGUUGUCGACGUAGUUUUAUUUACAAUUCUGGUAUAAUUCAAAGUACUUUCACUUUGAAAAUACCUUCUGGCCAACUACACACGCCAUCAGAUUAAUAGAUAUCGGAUCGAAAACUGUAAAAGAAUUUGGACCAAUUUUUUGUGGUAUUGAAAUAACGCUGUGAUCGGUGGGGAAACUGUGUUUUUAACCGAAACCAGUUGAUAUACGUGGAUUGUAUACGUUCAAGCAAAAACCAAUCAUCUUCGAAAUCUUACAUAAAAUCACAAUAAGGCAAUGGAUCACUCGACCAUGGACCACGCACAUAUGGAUCAUUCAACAAUGGAUCACAGUGGACAUGCUGGACACUCGAUGGAUCAUAGCGGUCAUUUAAUGCAAUCAAACACUGACGCUCCCAUGAUAAAUCACAGUAAUCACGGUCACGGUUCAAUGGAUGGUAUGUCAAUGGCUUUCCAUUUCGGAUGCACUGAAACCAUUCUGAUUGAACAGUGGAGUAUAGACAGUGUUGGCGGUUUACUCGGUUCAAUGGUAGCUAUUAUUUUAAUGGGAGCACUGUACGAGGGCCUGAAAUAUUACCGAGAAUAUUUGUUUUGGAAGACAUACAAUAGCCUGCAGUAUAGAGCAGUUUCAGUGCCUGACAAGCCGGUAGUGAAUGAGGAUACGUCGCGAGUUGUACAUAUGGUCGGAGAAGUUAUUCAUAAACAGCCGUCAUUUCGUUCCAGACCAACAAUGCUAUCAGCCAUGCACGCCUAUCAAACGCUUUUGCACAUACUCCAAGUGACCGUGUCCUUUUUGCUGAUGUUAAUUUUUAUGACCUACAACGUAUGGCUAUGCUUGGCGGUCGUCAUUGGUGCAGCUGGUGGAUAUUUCUUAUUUGGAUGGCGUAAAUCGGUUAUCGUGGAUGUAACGGAACAUUGUCACUGAUUGGAAAUGGCCGAAAUGUGUGAUAGUUGUUGAUCGAUUGGGAUUGGCUUUUUUUAUAUCUAUAUCUCUAACACAGCGUGUGUGUGUGAACAAGCGAUGAAUUUAUGUACAGAACAUUUCCGAAU